AAUAUGUAAUUUUGAUCACAGAAUUUUUUGUUUUUGUACUUCCAGAUGUGAUAUUCUGUAAAUGAGAAAAUGAGUGCUUCAGAAACAUAGAAGGCCAGUCAUCCAUAUAAUAUUGUGACAUUAUAUAACAGAAACCAUAUCAUUUCAAGGAAUAAAAUGAAUGUGGAACAAAAACACCAAUACAUUAAUACUGAAAGUGAUAAUGAGGAAAUUACAUUACAACAAAAACAUGGCCAGCAUAUUUCAACACUUGAUCUCCAAAUUAAGAAAGAACCUGUUGAAAUUGCAACAGAAGAAUCUCAAGAAUAUGCUUGCCUCAGUCAACAAGGAAGUGUCUAUGAGGAACAGCCAUAUAUCAAAUCUGAAUAUAAUGAAGAUACACCAUUCCAAGAAUGUGGACUGCAAAUGCCAGCUCUGAAUUUCCAAGUCAAGCAAGAACCUGUUGAAAUUGAAGAAGCAAAGGAAUAUGCAUGGGUUGAUCAACCAGAAUAUGUCAAUAAUGAAAUAGUAAAAAGUGAACAAAAGUAUUCCUGUACAUGUAGGGAUACUUCUAUGUGCGAUGAAGGAAAUUUGGAUCCAGUGAAAUAUCAAGUCAUUCAACAAGAGAAUUUUGAACAAGUAGACACAGACAAUCAGAAUGUAUUUUCAAUAAUCGACGUAAAAUCUGAAAAGCACAAUGAACAAAAUGACACUGACGUGAUAUCAUUAGCAAAAACUUGGAGGGAAUCAUUUAAAUGUAAGGAUUGUGGAAAAUGUCUAACCAAUUCUUCACAAUUAAAAAGCCAUAUGGCAACCCACACUGGAGAAAAACUUUUCAGGUGUAAGCUUUGUAAUAAAAGCUAUAGCAACUCUAAAUAUUUAAAGAAACAUAAUUUUACUCAUCAUGGUGAUAAACCAUUUAAAUGUAAAGAUUGUGACAAAUGUUUUACAAACGCUUCAAAACUAGAGAGCCACAUGAGAACUCACACUGGAGAAAAGCAUUUCAAGUGUCAUGACUGUGGUAAAUCCUUUGGCACUUUUAGCGUUUUGAAGAGACACAUAAUGACUCAUACUGGAGAAAAAACAUUCAACUGCCUAGAUUGUGACAAAUCCUACGCGAGCAUAUCUGGUUUAAGGAGUCAUACCAAGAUUAUUCAUAAUGGGGAAAAACCUUUUGAGUGCCAUAUUUGCGAUGAACGAUUUACCUCAGCCUCAGUACUGAUGACCCACAUAAUAACCCAUACUGGAAAAAAAACUAUCGAACCUCGGGAUUCUGAUCAACACAAUAACAUCUCUGAUUUGAAGACCCCAAUUGGGACCCUUACUGGGGAAAGACCAUAUAAAUGCAAGGAAUGUGGUAAAUAUUUCAGUACACCUUCUACUCUGAAGUCACACAUGAAAAUCCACACUGGGCAAGACUCAUUCAAGUGUCCAGAGUGUGAUAAAUGUUUUAUAUCAGUUUCAAAUUUAAAGAAACACAUCAGAAUUAUCCACGAAGGAGAAAAGCCCUUCAAGUGUCGUCAUUGUGAUAAACGUUUUUCUGCAGCUUCUGUUAUGGUGACACAUAUGAUAACACACACUGAAGAAGACACUUUCAAGCCCCAGGAUUUUGAAAAAUAUAAUAGCACCUCACUUGAUUCAAUUCACACAAUUUGAGUUAUAAAUGAGACUAAAAUAAGGUUUGUUAAUUUUAUGUCUGCCUGCUGACCUGUCAACCCCCGUAGAUUUUCUCGAAUGUAAUUUGUCAUUUGUGUACCUGCAGGACAUUCAAGGGAUUUAUGUGCACUCGCAAGUAGGCAAAGUUUUGAUCAAAUUCAUGGGACAAUACGCUAAUUGCCAGCUGGUUGACAGGUCUGUGUCUGGAUUGUGAAAAGUCAGGUCAUAUUCACAUCUGGUUAAUCUCAAUACAAUUUCUAAAUGACUAUUCAGAGUGUUCCAGAACUCAUGGGAAUUUUUUAGGGAGAUAUAAGGCAAGGGUGAUUUUUCUUCUUUAGUACACUAAUUAAACAUACAUUGAGGAAUAACUGACAUACAUUUCAGACACAUAUGGUUUACAUA